GGGGCAGCCACUCCUCCAGCCUCACACACACCACAGAAGAAGAGCAGAGCAGGAAGUGCAGAGCUCAGCCGUGUGUGUGCACUCUGUUAGUCGUUAGCUGUUAGCCGUUAGCCGUUAGCUGGUCGGUAGCUGUAGGUGGUCGUCGGUGGGGCUGCGCUGGUUGCCAUGGCAGCUGAGAAGAUCAACCAGGCGCACGAGCAUCUGGCCAAAGCAGAGAAACAUUUGAAGACCAGUUUUCUGAAGUGGAAACCUGAUUAUGACAGCGCAGCAGCAGAGUACUCUAAAGCAGCUGUGGCGUUUAAAAAUGCCAGGAUGUUGGAGGAAGCGAAGGAGGCGUAUCUGCUUGAGGCCGACGCCCACACCAACAACAAGACAUUGUUCCACGCUGCCAAAGCCCUGGAGCAGGCAGCGAUGAUGCUGAAGGAGAUGGGCAGACUGAGUGAUGCAGUGUGUCUGAUAGAGAAAGCCAGUCUGAUGUACGUAGAGAACGGAACUCCAGAUACAGCAGCACUGGCUUUGGACCGGGCUGGGAGACUAAUGGAGUCUCAGGAUUUGGCCAAAGCUGUUGAUCUGUAUCAGCAGGCCGCUGGAGUGUUCGAGAAUGAGGAGCGUUUACGUCAGGCAGUUGAGAUGUUGGGAAAGGCGUCCAGAUUGCUGGUCAGACAACACAGGUUUGAGGAGGCAGCAGAGUCCAUCCAGAAAGAGAAGAACAUGUACCGAGAAAUCGAAAACUUCCCGACCUGUUUCAAGAAGACCAUUGCCCAGGUCUUGGUCCAUCUCCACAGAAAUGAUUUUGUUGCUGCAGACAAAAGCAUCCGACAGAGUUACAGUCUCCCUGGUUUCAGUGUUCCUCCACAUACCCCCAUUUGA